AUGACAGAUACUACCCAACUAGCACCUUAUGGCUAUACAGCUACUGGGAGGGUUAGAAAAAGACCUUUGAAAAAUUCACAAAAAGAAAACUCUGUACCUGAACCAAACCGCUAUGAAAAAUUCAAGUACACCUACAGAAAAUUUUUAAAUUGUCCAGCUUGCUAUAAGGAUUUCAGUCACCGGCCAGACUCCCAUAGAGCUGUUUGGCAGCAUCUGCUUCACUUUGCUACUGUUGCCAAAGAACCAAAACAUCAAAAGGCUAGGGAUGCUCUUAAAGAAAUAAGGGACCGGACACCUACUGAAGAAGUCAAAAAAAAUAGGGAGAAAAUUAGCUCGGCAGAAUGGAGAGCUAGGAACCCUAAAAAAGCUAAGCGGGCUUCGGUCAAAGGUGCGACAAAACUCAAAAUUGAAAGAAAUUUGAGGAGAGCAGGAGAGUUUUCGGAGGAAAAGUUGAACAAAUUGCUUGAAGAAAAGAUGGUGGAAUGGGAUGCAGAGAAUUAA